AUGCGACCUGGUACACACAUUGCCCUAAGUGGUUCGUACCGUCACAUCACAUUUCACCCUCAGAGAAAAGUCGUUGGACACCGCCUCGAAAUCAUUGCGGGAAAACACAGAAGGCGCAGGCUUCUGCCACCGAAGGUCCCGCUGCACCCCUCCGCUGCAGCAGCAGCGGUAGCGGCAGAACGCGCAGCUCCCGGUGUGAUAACUCCGGCUGCUCCCCAACAAGACCUUUCUUUGUUUGAAACCUACAAAGAUUUACAGCUACGGUGGAAGCGAACAACGAGGCAGUCUCGCAAGAAAUUCAGUAUCGCGAGAAAAUGGAGACAGCAUUUGGCAUGCCGGCCGCAGCCCGAACCUAAGUGGCUCAUUUUCCUCCACCCACAGAUGGGCAAAGGGGCUACUGAAGGGCCUCGGGACCAGAAAAUCGGCCGACGUCGGGCCGCCGUGCCGCAUCAGCCAGAUUCAGAACACCCUACACAGACGCAUGAACAGGCAAGAGAACACAGUGACUUACAACGAGGAAAUCAAAUCGAAGACGGCCAAGAGGAAAAAGAGCAACAGCCUGUAGGGCAGCAACAGUUGAUAGCUCCAGCAGGAAACAUUGGAGCAUUCCAGCGCUUCCAGGGGACUCACAGCGAGCGACCGUCUUUUCGCCUCUCGUACGACCCCAAGGAAAUAUUCUGUGUCUUCAAGAGCAGCGCUUCCGCGCAGCACAAGGCAAGACAAACUGCACAGCUGAACCAGUUGUGGAAGUGCAGCAGUGGCGACAAGGUUGUGUUUGGAACGGUUCUCAUCGCCGGUACGCGCGAGUGGACUGUACUCGGCAAGCCCACGAUUCGCCACUGGGUGACUAUGAUCAGAAUAGAGGAGAUCGAAGUCGAUGUGCAAAUGAAGGAAGACCCCCCAAUUCAACGUCCCAAAAGUUUGUUGGAUCUUUGGGCCAACCGCUGGCUCUACCCUGAGGAACUAGAGGGCAUUAAAACUGACGCCAAUGGAAGACCUCUAGUAGAGGCUAUUUACAAUGGCGAAGAGCACCAGCAGGGCACAUAUCACCGAAGAGGCUUGGCAGCUUGCUACAGGUGGUUGCCCGACCCAAAAGCAACGCACUGGAAACGCUGA